AUGGCGAAUGAUCCUCAACCGCAUCCGCUCGAUUAUGGUGUCGUGGUACAUGAAGCGCCAAAAUUCGAUCUUGCCGCAUACAUCUCCAACUACAGAGGUCGCACAGUGUUCCGGCGACUUCACCUGAUUGCAUCAUGUUCUACGGUCCUGGCAGAGGAGGCCGCUCGAAUGGCCGUGCUCGAGGCGAAGAGAAGCAGCGAUGUGCGGAACUAUCUAGAGGCUGUCGCACUGCUGGAGAAGGUAUCAAAGGGCAAGAACCUAGACCACUUGCUGGACCCAGCAUGGGCGUCUCAGCAAGAAAAGAAGAAUGUUGCCGAAACCGCCCGGUUGGAAAGCGAAUUGAAGGGAUACAAAAACAAUCUGAUCAAGGAGAGCAUACGAAUGGGAAACGAAGACUUGGGGACUCACUACUAUACCAUUGGGGACCUGAACAACGCAGUCAAAGCCUAUUCCCGCAUGCGAGACUACUGUACCACGACAGCUCAUAUCACAUCCACUGCGUUUCGAAUCAUUGCUGUUGCGAUCGAACAGCGCAAUUGGUUGGCCGUUCAGUCUCAGGUGCAGAAGGUUAAGAAUAUUCAACUCAAGCCAGAGGACAUGUCAAGGAACCAACCGAAGAUCCAAGCGGCCUCGGGUCUUCAGCAAAUGUCGAGUUUUGAGUAUCGGGAGGCUGCCAACAGCUUCCUCAGUACUGACCCUAGCUUGGGAGAUAUUUACAGCGAUGUACUGACGAGCAACGACGUUGCCGUUUAUGGAGGUCUGUGUGCGUUGGCGUCCAUGUCUCGUUCGGACCUGCAGACCAAGGUUUUAGAAAACAGCAGCUUUCGCAAUUUUCUUGAACUCGAGCCUCACAUCCGUCGGGCCAUCAGUUUCUUCUGUGCAAGCAAAUACAGCCAAUGUUUGGAAAUCCUUGAAUCCCACCGGGCGGAUUAUCUCCUGGACAUCUAUCUACAGCCUCUCGUUGCGGACAUAUACACCAAGAUCCGAACCAAGAGCAUCGUUCAAUACUUGCAGCCUUUCAGCAAGGUCACCUUGGCAAGUAUGGAGCGGAUGUUUGGGAGGCCCUCGAUGUCGAACGGAGCCGCAUCAGGGGGAGACUUCCUCAGUGAGAUUGUUUCCUUGAUCCAGGACGGCCGGCUCGGUGCCCGAAUAGAUAUGGAGCAUGGAGUCCUGGAAACUGUCGAGCACAAUCCACGCGCUGAGGCCCAGCAGGCUGCGCUAGACAUGGUGGACGCCUUUGUUCGUGAAGCCCGCCUGAAACUGAUCCGGUUGCAAGUCAUCAAUGCCGGGCUCGAGGUCAAGCCACCCCCCAAGAAGAAAGGAUGGAGUAUGGAACAAGGGGACGGCGCCUGGGACGAAGGCGAUGCAUCUUUCUUAGGGCCGGGAGGAAGAGACAUUAUGGGAAACGACUUCGAAGGAGCGACUUCCUCUCAACGCAAAGGCGGAUAG